AGCGUUGCUCACAGCUGGGAGGAGGACAGCCUCACCAGCAGCCUGAGAAGGAGUGAGGAGAAGGGAAGUUUUGUGCUCUUCACAUUGGAGGCAAAACUUCUUUGCAUAAACUCUGCUAACGGGUUAUUAACAUCCUGCAGCAAGUCAUCACUUCAGCCUAAAGAUUUGUGGAAGAAAUAAACUCUACAUGAAAACUGAAUGUAAUUAAGUGUUACAUUCGGGACCCUGAUGAGUGAUACACAGCGAGAAGUAGAAGAUGGCAAAUUUCACAGAGAAUGUGACUGAGAAGUGCAAUAUUAAUCAUGAUAUCCACGAGACAUUAUCCCCUGUGGUGUACAUAUUUGUGUUUAUAUUAGGCUUGCCAGCUAACUGCCUGUCACUGUACUAUGGGUAUUUACAGAUCAAAGCUAAAAAUGAAUUAGGUAUCUACCUUUGCAAUUUGACUAUAGCAGACCUGCUGUACAUAUUUUCUUUGCCUUUUUGGCUUCAGUAUGCUUUACAGCAUGACAACUGGACCUAUGAUGAGCUGCUGUGCAAAGUUUGUGGCAUCAUCCUGUAUGAGAAUAUCUACAUCAGCGUGGGCUUCCUGUGCUGCAUCUCCAUCGAUCGCUACCUGGCUGUAGUGCAUCCCUUUCGGUUUCAGCGCUUUCGGACCAUGAAGGCUGCUGCCAUUGUGAGCAUCAUUAUCUGGGCCAAAGAAAUUAUGACAUGCUGCUUUGUCUUCACACACGGGGAGAUCAGUAUGGAUGCUGAGAGCCACUUGGUGUGCUUUGAGCAUUACCCCAUCAAGAAAUGGGAGCACAAUGUCAAUUACUACCGCUUCUCUGCUGGCUUCCUUUUCCCCUUCUUUCUGCUGGCCUUUUCCUACUGUGGGAUUUUACGAGUUGUCCACAAGAGUCCCGGCACCCAAAAGAAGAAGAAAAUCCAAAUUAAAAGACUGGUUUCAAGCACUGUUUGCAUAUUUUUAGUCUGUUUUGGACCAUACCACAUCCUACUCGUGGUUCGUAGCUUGUUGGAGAACAACUGCUCAUUUGCUGAGAAAAUAUUUAAUGUUUAUCAUAUUUCUCUCCUGUUAACUACUUUUAACUGUGUUGCUGACCCAGUAUUGUACUGUUUUUCCAGUGAAAGCACUUACCAGAACUUUGUCAAGAUGAGAGACUCUUGUCUAACGUGUUUAGGCCAUCAGAGUACUGAGACGAAGGAAUCCUAUCCACUGAACACUACUGAACCUCCCAACAGAACACAGCAUGAGCAACAGCCAGGGUUAUUACAAAUACCUCUUGAUGGUGCUGGAAUGAAGGACUGCUUCACAACUAGUGUAGACAGCCUAUAGCAUUAAUCAAAACGACCUUAAUCCUACAUCUGCAGCUAUGGUCAUAUUUAUGUAUCUGUCUGAAUUAUUCAUGUACUACAACAGUGUGACCUCCCAAAAGCUUAUGAGCAAUGCUGGAGAGUGAAGCUGUUUCUGGAGGUGCUUGGACCCUGGCAAUAGUGAGGAAAGUAUGUGCUAGGUCAGUUCAGUUAUAAUCACACAUCUGUUGUUGCGCUACCGCUUAAAACCUGCUUGUCUUGAUGACUGCAUUGUCUGGAAUAAGCCAGUACUCAUGGUGUGUAGUUCUGGUGAACUCAUCUUUAG